AUACGUGAUUUAUAAUAAAAUGUUUAAAUGUUUUGUUUGCGAACCCUGUACACCGUGGUACCACCCAGGCAACCUAAACGAUUGGCAACUUUGAUUUAACAAUCGCGUACAAGUAUGGAAGCCCAGUAGCUAAAUCGAUGUUUCCAGCAGCAGCCACAGACACUGUUCAUAUUGUACACAAUCAUCAUGGCGACCCAGGAUGGGAGUGAAGAGAUAACAAUGGAAACGGAAGCCAAGCUUAAAGAGCCAGAACCACUGUGUGAUUAUGUUGACCGAGGUGAUGCUGUAGAGUCUGAUCACAUGUCUCAAGCAGAUGGGGAAAACAAUUCAACUCAGGACCCAACUGUUAGCAAUGGAGAUGACACAGAUGAUGGGAAGGAGAUGGUGGAUCUAAAGAUAAUUUGGAACAAGAAUAAGUAUGACCUGAAAAUUCCUUUGGAUGGCACUGGUGCCAAACUUAAAGAGAGGAUCCAUUCACUCACUGGUCUUCCACCUGCCAUGCAGAAAGUGAUGUACAAGGGAUUGCUCCCUGAGGAUAAGACGCUAAGAGAAAUCAAAGUUACAAAUGGUGCAAAAAUUAUGGUGGUUGGGUCUACAAUAAAUGAUGUACUAGCUGUCAACACCCCAAAAGAGGUAAUGCAACAGGAAGUUAAAGCAGAAGAAAACAAAAAAGAACCUUUGUGUCGGCAAAAGCAACACAGAAAGGUGUUGGACAAAGGUAAACCAGAAGACAUAAUGCCAUCAGUAAAAGGAACAAAGGAACGCUUACCAACAGUGCCUUUAGCUGGAAUGUACAACAAAACCGGUGGAAAAGUUCGACUCACCUUCAAACUGGAACAAGAUCAGCUGUGGAUUGGAACUAAGGAGAGGACAGAGAAAGUCCCAAUGGGCUCCAUAAAAAAUGUGGUGACUGAACCAAUUGAAGGCCAUGAAGACUAUCACAUGAUGGCGUUCCAGCUGGGUCCAACAGAAGCCUCUCAGUAUUGGGUCUACUGGGUCCCUAUACAGUUUGUUGAUGCAAUCAAAGACACAGUCCUUGGAAAGUGGCAGUAUUUUUAAUGUGCCUCCAUAAUUGACAUUGAAAAACUGGGAUCUACAAGAGGAACACAUGAACAUGGAAACUGGAGAAAAUGAGGAAAUCUAAGGAACUUGAUAUUGCAUAUUUGAAAAAGCAAACUGAAGGAUGCCUAUGGACUAUUCAUAUUCUUUGGGGUUUUAAGUGCACUAAGCGGCAGCAUUAUAUUUCCUAGCCCAAUUUCAUCAUUCAAGUUUUUGAGCAAACCCAAGGAAAACAAUGAAACAAUUGUACAGAGAUUGCUAAUGCUUUCCCCAGUUAUUCUUAAAGAAAUAAAACGUAUUUAAGGAAAUAAAUGCACUAGGACAUUUUCAUGUAA